AUCGACAUUUUGAAAAACCCUCGUGUCAACCUGAGAAACGCCCACAUUUGUACAUACCCGCACACAGAAAGAAAAAAAAAAAAAUUCACACAUCUAAACAGGCAAAUAUAUACUCCCCACACACACCCAUUAGUCAACCACUUCCUUAAAAUGGACCAAGGGGUGGAAAAACUGCUGAACCAAAUCAACGACUUGGAGUCUAAGAACCGGUUGAUUAACAUGCAAAUCGAGGAGAUGAAAACCACUGAAAAGGAGUUGCAAAAAAGUGAGAAGGAGCUCGUGUCAGACAUAGAAAGCAUCUGCAAGCAGCUGAAAAGUAUGGAAAAGGAGGAAAUCGAAUUGAAUAACGACAUAACCCGCGUUAACCUAAUAUGCAAAAAUGUGGAAGCGACACUGCACAACGAAUUUGUGAAGGUCGAAAUAGCAGCUCAAAAAAUCAAUCAAGUAUAUUACCAUGAAGAAAAUGACAAGAACAUCAACACCGAUUUGGGCAAAAGUGCUGACAAGGUAAAAGACUGUCUAAAUAAAAUGGACCAUUCCAAUGACGACUUGAUUGCGUUAAAGGAGGUGCGAAAAAAGAAUUUUCUUUUAAAUAAUGUUUCGAUAGAGGACCUGUACGAAAUUUAUGAGGUAAAAAGGAAAAUUAAAAAAAAUACACAACUUGGUUUGCGUAACAUUUCGAGCAGGUGCUCCGACUGUUCGAGUUACUGCAUUACAAAUAUGCUAACCGAAAAAGUAAGAGCGAAUGCCCCCGACCAGGAUUUUAAUUUUUCGAGCCUCGCCAGCUACUACGGAUUGAACGAAGGAAGAAAGAAAGAGCGGAUAGAAAACUUUGGCUUGUCCGAGUUGAAUAAAAUAAUGAUAAAUCACUACAAGGCGAAGAAGAUUAACGUGAACGGCCCUGCGUGA